ACGACGAGAGAAUGAAGUUUGUUGUCAAGUUGGACGUUUUUCUGGAUAAGAGAUGACUUCCAUUAAAAAGGCGUUUAAAACCAAUUUUGGGUUCGAUUGGUUCCGAUCCCAGAAGCAGGAGGACGUUGUUACAGCAGUUGUUAAAGGUGACAGGGAUGUUUUUGUGUGUAUGCCCACCGGGGCAGGGAAGUCCCUCUGCUACCAGCUUCCCGCAGUGUUGGCUAAGGGUAUUACCUUGGUCAUAUCCCCUCUUAUCGCUCUCAUCCAGGACCAAGUGGACCACCUAAGGGACCUGAACAUUCCUGCAUGCUCCAUCAACUCCAAGCUCCCUGCAGGGGAGCGCCGUCUGAUCCUGGCCGAUCUGGAGAGUGAGAGCCCCAGGUUGAAGCUGCUUUACAUCACCCCAGAGAUGGUGGCCUCCUCUGCCUUCCAGCCUUGCCUUACAGGCCUGCUCUCCUACCUGGCUGUGGACGAGGCUCGCUGUGUCUCCCAGUGGGGGCAUGACUUCAGACCAGACUAACUCAAACUGGGCAGUCUGCGUGCCUGUCUGCCCGGGGUACCCUGCGUGGCGCUGACGGCCACGGCACCCCAGAAUGUGCAGGAGGACAUAGCAAAGUGUCCUGAGGCUGCGAUCACCGCUGUCCUUUGCCACACCUGUGUUUCGCAGUAACCUGCAUUAUGAGGUGGUGUACAGGGAGGACCCCUGGAGGACCCCUACAAGCACCUGCAUGCCUUCAUCAGGGAGGCCCUGACCAUGGGGGAAUGCCCCAAAGGACAGGGUUGUGGAAUUGUGUACUGUCGGACCCGAGAAGGCUGUGAGACGGUGGCUUACCAACUGACUAAGCUGGGAGUCCUGGCCAAGCCUUACCAUGCAGGGUUGAAGGCAGGAGAUUGCCAGAGACUUAGACUGAUUGGAUGCAGGGUAAGGUGCUUGUCAUUGUGGCCACCAUCAGCUUUCGCAUGGGGGAACCUUGCCAAGUUACUACCAGGAAUCUGGGCAUGCGGGGCGAGACGGGCUGCCCUCUUCCUGCAGGACGUACUACUCCCCCCAGUUACUACCAGGAAUCUGGGCGUGCGGGGCGAGACGGGUUGCCCUCUUCCUGCAGGAUGUACUACUCCCUCCAGUUACUACCAGGAAUCUGGGCGUGCGGGGCGAGACGGGCAGCCCACUUCCUGCAGGACGUACUACUCCCCCCAGUUACUACCAGGAAUCUGGGCGUGCGGGGCGAGACGGGCUGCCCACUUCCUGCAGGACAUACUACUCCCCCAAGGACCGGGAGCAGUUGACCUUCCUCAUCCGCAACGAGGCAAAGCGUGGCUCCAAGAAAGAUCAGGACAAGGCUUCCAUCACAGAUUCGAGGCCAUGGUGUCUGUGAGCAAGAGGGCUGCCGCCCUGCCACCAUCUCCAAGUUUUUUGGGGCCCAGAAGCCGGACUGUGCGGGGGCCUGUGACUACUGUCGUGACCCCAAGGCUGUGCGGGCCCAGCUGGAGAAGGGGGCUACUUUGUGCACCAAGACUGGAGUAGCUCGGAGCACACAGCCCAGGGGCCCGUUUGGGUUUGACCGUGACCUCUACGCCAGGGGGAGGAAUGGCUACGGCUUUGAGAGGCAUGAUGAGGAGGGCUGGGAGAGUGGUGGUGAUGAUGAUGGCUCCGAGCAUCGGAGGAAAGAGUUUGGAGAUCUCUUCAAGAAACAAAUGAACCUGUGCAAGGUGUCUGAGGGACACAAAGAUUAAUUUAUCCCCCCAGAUGAUAACUGCCCACUCAGGGAGGCCAGCAGCCAGAAAAUCCCCAGGCUCACUGUCAAGAUCUAGUUUUGAGGAGAGUGUGUGCCAAAUGUGUGCAUCAAUUCUAGGCCCGGGGGCCCUGUUACAGGAGGCUCUGAACAACCACCAGGUGGCAGCAGCACACACACAGAUCUGACACACUCUCCUUGGCAGGGGAUAUUGAACAUGAGGUCUUGAAGAUCACCAAGUCUUCCAACCUGUACAAAGCAGCUGUCCUGAAGAGAGCAUCAGAGAUGAAGAAGGGAGGGGUUGCCUCUGCAGGAGGAGGAGGACAAGGAGAAGGGGAAUCCACAGAGAUAAAGGCUGAAUCCAAUGACGAAGCAGCCUCCUCCUCUUCCUCCUUGACUGAGGAGCAGCAGGGCUUCACGCCUGCCUCACAGAUCUACUCACUAAAGCGGAAGAGAAUAGGAGCAGGUCUGAGGGGCUCCCCCAACCCCUUCCAGACUACCAGUGAGCUGCUGAGGGCCUCUAACUGUGAGGGCUCCACUACAGGUCCAGGGGCAAACAGGGGGGACAGGGAGCGGGGGCCCUGACUGCCUGGCUGGGUCUGGAGAGUCAGCCGGUGAGGAGGAGAGGUUGGAGAGGAAGGAGACAAAGACUGGAGAUACAGCACCAACCAUCAGCUCCUCCAUCAGAGCUAAAGCCAGUGCAGUCUCUGCCUUCCUGAACAGUCCCACCAAGACAGGAGGCAAGGCCCUGAGCAAGAAGCAGAAGCUAGCGGAGGCUGCUAAGAACUCCUGCUACAUUACCCAGUACUUUGGGAAGAAACCAAUUGAAAAGAGUCUAGAGGUGGGGAUAAGAACCAAUGAUGUGUCAUCUCAGGCCUUUUCAAUACCACCCCAGUCACUCCCCUGCUACUGUCUCCAUGGAUACCAUCCCUAUGGACACUAGUCCCAUGGAAAUCAUCCCCACGGAAACCAUCCCCAUUGAAACUAUCCCUAUGGACACCAUCCCCACAGAAAUCAACAACUUGGAUAAUGAUGAGGAGGAGGUUAAAGAGGAAGCUAAACUGGACUCUAUCACAGUGUAAGAUGUCCCUCGGAAGUUGUAGAUAGUCUUUGACUGGUUUAUUCUGUUUUGCGCCUCGCUCUCUCUAAACUCCUUUGUCUUAUUCACAGGCAAAAUGCACAUGAAAACAAGGCUAAAUCAUUGCUAAAACAAAGGGUAUGGAGAUCAAUAUUAUAUUGCCACAACAGUCUUAUUGUGUCGUCCAUGUUUUUUAACAGUAAUGUAAUGAUGACAUCAUUGUUAACAUCUACUACCACAUGUUCUCUGUGUGUGUGUGUGUGUGUCAGCUAUGUGAGGACAGUGAAGAGAGGGAGACCCUCCCCCCAGCCAAACGUAGCUGCCCCCUACAGGACAGCAGGAAGAAGGUGACCUUUAACCCCAAAGUCCAGGAGACUGUACUGGAGCAAGGGAGCCCAAGCAAAGCCCCCAAGCCUGUGUCUCUGAAGGAGGUGGCUGACAUUGUGGAGCUGUUCAAGUCAUUUGCCUGCUACUUGUCUCAUCUACUAGCAGAGGGGAGGAGUAGGGGAGGAGGUCAAGUGAAAAUGCAGGCCAGGAAUCUGAUAUAGAAGUUCUUCAGCGGUGUGAAGCACUGUGAGAGUGAAGCAGACUGGAAGCACCUGAAGGGACCACACAGCACUGAGACCGCUGAACACAGAGGGAUGAGAGGAGGCGGGACUAUGAACAGAAAGGUGGAGGAAGAUAACAACCUGGGGGUCUGAUCCCUUCAUCCACUCUCUCUCUCUCCAACUGAUUCCCUCCCUCACAUCUCUCCCAGGCCAAGAUACUGAGCUGUUUCAGAGAUAAUAUGCUGCUAUGCUGUGUCAACUCCAGGCUCGUGCUGUCGUGGCUUGGAGAGCCGCUGUAGUGGCUGCUAUUAAACAUGUACUGUAUACAGCACGUCUGCUGGUGCUGCUAUGGAACAAGUAGUCAUCCAUGCUCAACGCCGAACAGAGGUGGCUCUUUGUUUGAUGUUAGCACCAUGUGAUUAGGACAUGGCUGCUAUGGCUAUACCAGGCCAAACCCUGCUGCUACCUGGUCUGUCAUUCUGCCUGACUAAAGAGGACAGCCAGCUGGAUGUGUAACAACCACACUCUAUCCUUGAUUGAUUUAGGAGCUGUAAUUUCAUGUAUUUUUUUUGUUAGUUUGUUAUUAGUUGUUUUCAUGAGAUUCUCAAUGAGAACUUUUGUUUAUCCUGAGGAAUCCUCCAAAAUAUGAAUUUGUUUUUUCUCUUGCCCAUAUGGUACAAAGUUAUCUUGUCUAAAAAGAUCAGAGCUGGCCACCUCUGCCUGUGCAGGUUGGUGACCGGGUGGGUGCCUUUUCAAACAGUCAGUCAUUUCAAACAUGAUGGAAUCCAAAGAGCACUUGAUGCACCAAUGGGGAAAAACUCCCAGCCAUCACAGAAAUGUAUCCAAAAAAAACAGCCUUCACACACUAUUGCUCCAUGUGAGACCUGUUUACAAUAAAAUCUCUAACACUGAAUGUCUAGUGGCUGGUACUAAAUGGCUCAUGGGCUGUAUACAAUUAGAUUAAGUGGAAAGGCUGUUUUAUGGAGCAGCAUCUUCCCCUGUAUAGGGAAUGGGGUUGGGGAUCGUUGCAGCAUGGAUCUGGGGAGAUAUCGGUGCAAAGCACGAGUGAGUGGGGGCUUGUAACAACAGCUGGAGGCCUACGUAAAUCACAAUGGCGGGGGGAAUUAUGAGUGGCAUUUGCCAGUGUCACACGUCUCAAUAUUGUACAAUUAUUUCCUACGUUAUUCUCUUUUUAUUGUAGGCCGAACGUGCUGUCGUUGCAUAUAGGGACUUGGUUACAGUGUUCAGUUUGUGCGUGCAUUUGUCGGCCUUGAGAUAUUAAUUUAGUGUCAGGUGCGGUAAAUUGAUGCAUCUGUCACAUUCGAAUGGUUCAUUGCAGAAUGUUGGGGGCAGGUGCGCCCGCGGCUUUCCUAGUGAAAUGGGUUACGGUUUGGGAGGCUGCGCUGUUCGAGAUUUCUUGAUCAUACGAGGCAUGCUUCCGGGCGAGCGGUCAGAGACGUUACAGAGCGCACGGUGAACAGCCACAACGAUAGACCGAGCAUCGAUGCUUCGUGCAGUCAGGAUGGAGGAGUUUGUUACGGAGGAAGAUGAGCCAUGGUACGACCAACGGGAUUUGGAGCAGGAUCUGCACCUGGCAGCUGAGCUGGGGAAGACCCUUUUGGAGCGCAACAAGGAGCUGGAGGACUCCCUACAACAGAUGUACAUCAACAAUGAGGAACAGGUGCAGGAGAUCGAGUACCUGUCCAAGCAGCUGGAGAUGCUGAGGGAGAUGAACGAGCAGCAUGCCAAGGUCUACGAGCAGCUAGACGUGAUGGCCAGAGAGCUGGAGAUCACCAAUGAGAAACUGGUUAUAGAGAGCAAGGCCUCGCAGCAGAAGAUAGACAGGUUGACGGGUACCAUGGAGACACUGCAGGCUCAGGUGGAUACCAUGACAGCUCGUGUGGAGGAACUACGUACACUAGAGGAGCUGAGGAACCACAGAGAGGAGCGGGAGCGACGCAAGACUGUCCACUCCUUCCCCUGCCUUAAAGAACUCUGCACUGCACCAAAGUAUGAGGAUGGCUUCCUGGUGGCCAACCCCGGCAGUGUGGACCUGGUGUCUGAGCGUGAGCGCCGGCCGCUGGACGAGGAGAACGAGCGUCUAAAAGGUGUGGUCUCCUCCCUGAGGUCCGCCAUGGUGGCAGAACGGGGCCGGAGGGAGGGGGCAGAGAGGGAGUGCACAGCUGUGCUGCAGGAGUUUGAGCUUAUGGAACAACGCCUCCUGGGUGCUGAGGGCUGCCAGCUGCGAGUGCAGGAGCUGGAGGCGGAGCUACAGGAGAUGCAGCAGCUGAGGAGGUCCCGGGUCUGUCUGUUGGAUGAGGGUCUGGAGCAGACCCUGCUCAACAAUGCCCCUGAGACCGACACACCCGAGGAGGGACCGGGGCAAAAGGAGGGAGGGGAGGGGACAGGGGAGUCCGGGGGGACAGGAGGAGGGGGGCAGCAGGGAGGCCCCGUGAGGAAGAGCUGCAGCGACACAGCGCUCAACGCCAUCUCGGCCUGCGACGCCUCUGGCAGGCGACAGGGCAGCUACGCAAUCCACGCCAACGGCGUGCGCAAGCGGGGCAUGUCCAUCCUGAGGGAAGUGGACGAGCAGUACCACGCCCUGCUGGAGAAAUACGAGGAGCUGCUGGGGAAGUGCCGGCGCCACGAGGAGGGCAUGUGCCACGCGGGGGUGCAGACGUCACGCCCUGUCUCCAGAGACCCCUCCAUGAAGGACUACAGCAUGGCCACCCCCGGCCCCUCAGCCAUGGCUGCUGCACCCCCCACCCCGCCCCAGACCCCCUCCACCCCAGAGGCCCUGGAGGGCAUCAGCCGGCAGGUAGACCAGGUGGACAAGAGGCUGGGCCAGAACACCCCAGAGUACAAGGCCCUGUUCAAAGAGAUCUUCUCCCGCCUGCAGAAGACCAAGAGUGAAGUGAACUCCACCAAGGGAGUCCCCAAGGGUAGGAAGACCCCACGGGUUGGAAGUCCUAAGGGAAGAAAGUCCAAAGACAAAUGAGCUGCUUUUGUGAUACUAGUGAACAUGACCUCUCCUGAUACUACUGAACAUGCACUGAAAACAAUGGGUACAAAAGCCACAGAUUUUCUUUCAGAAUUAGUUUCUCUUUGUUUGACUGUUUGUUCAAAGUGGUCACUUGAUGACAGGUUACCUGUACUUCUGCACUGGGGAAAUGAUACAAUCUACUGUGGAUGAUCCCCUCAGCUGUUUUAUCCAUCUCUCUGGAUACUGCCACGUUUUAUCCAUCUCUGGAUACUGCCAUGUUUUAUCCAUCUCUCUGGAUACUGCCACGUUUUAUCCAUCUCUCUGGAUACUGCCACGUUUUAUCCAUCUCUCUGGAUACUGCCACGUUUUAUCCAUCUCUCUGGACACUGCCACGUUUUAUCCAUCUCUCUGGACACUGACACGUUUUAUCCAUCUCUCUGGACACUGACACGUUUCACCCAUCUCUCUGGACACUGACACGUUUUAUCCAUCCCAAUAUGAAUGAAUUGUACAGCUGAUGACAUUCAUCAUCUGGGUAGAUGAAAUGCCUUGAUUAUUGACCUAAUUUAAGAUAAUUUGACAACCUAGUUGUGCACUAAAAUCUGUUUGCCCUGUCUUUGUUCAAGACAAUCCGGUACCAUGUUUAAAUGACUGAGCGUGUAUACUGAGACUGCACUAAUUUUAUUUAAAAUGUAUAAAUAAUUGCUAUUUAAUGUUUUUGAUGACUGACAAUGAAUAAUAUGUGCAGAGCUAUUCAUAAAAUGUUUUCAAAUACAAUGUAGUUAAAUAUUCCUGAUCUCAGUAACACUGUUGCCUUAACAUCUUAGGCUUUACGUAUGCAUCUAUCCAACAUAUACAUUGGUUUUGAAGCCAGUAGACUUCAAUUGAGGGAGCCCAUGGUACUCAAGGUAGUAACUUGUUCUAAAAUAAAUACUGUAUGUAAACUGUGAAUUUACCUUUGUAAAUUAGGUUGUCCAAGCUAGAGAACUGAGGACCUCCUGAUGAUGCACUGCAUAGAAAUGGAACUCUCAACCACACUUGACUAAGCUACUGUAACUGUGCUCUCUAAGCACCAUGGGUACAUCUCCAUGACUCCUUGUUUUCUGGACUGCUUAUUUCAAGUGCACAAGGGGCUCUAGCUGCCCUCUUAUCAGUACUUUGGCUUUUUAAUAUUUUCCGUGUUCUCUUCUGCUCUUCAUUGUGUACAAACGUCAUGUGAGAUGGGUUUUCUAUGCAUUUGUAGACGAUCAUCUAAAUGUCUAACAUGGUUCUGUUCAAUGAGAACGGUUGCUGGUGUGUUAGAUGGAGCCUGAUAGAAGGGUAAAGAUGGUUUAUAGAACAUUGUACUUUAGAGCUGGAUCAAUAACAGAACCGUGUAAAAAGUAACAUGACUUUAUUGAUUAAAAAGACACCGGGA